CUCGAAGACAGCAAGUUGAGAAAAAAAUGGCCGUGUAAUGUUAUUGAGAAGUUUAUAUCAAGUGCAUGUUCUCGGUGUAAUCCGUAUUAACUGGGAGUCUCGAUUACUGUGUGGAUUUUCAGUGACUGGUCAUAGAAGUGGAGGAUAAUUGACCAUUGAAAUUCGACGCUGACAAAUAGGAACAUAGUAAAUCAGGGAACAGGAGGAGUUCUAGAAGCAGUUACAGGUCGAGUCGAGUUAUUGCAAAUGUCAUGCAUUUUGCAACGGGGAAUGACUCGUGGUGCCCCAAAAAUAAAUGAUCCAAGAACAGUCUGAGACACUGUUAAUUAUACACUGCUUAUUGUGAGCCCAUUAACAUUCUUUCCCAACAUUGUAAUUUUACAAAAUAGAAAAGAGAAAAAGGAGAAAUGUCUUUGAAACCAAAGAAGGUGGACUUUCGGCAGACGUGGAAUGUCUUGCAGGAAACUGUUAAAGGUGUAAUCACGUUAGCUGAUGUACCACGUUCUACUUGGAAUGACAGAUUUAGUGAUGUAUACUCGUUAUGUGUGGCGAAUCCUGAGCCAUUUGCUGACAGGCUCUAUAAUGAAACCAAGUGCUUCCUGGAGAAUCAUGUGAAACAAUUAUUGACCAAGGUUCAAGCCCAAGGCGAGACUGGUCUCUUGCAGGCAUACCAUAGAGCCUGGACUGAAUAUUCUCAGGGAAUAAAUUACGUUCACCGCCUUUAUCUCUAUCUUAACCAACAACACAUUAAGAAGCAAAAACUUAGUGAAGCUGAGAUGAUCUAUGGAACGUCCUCAACAGCAUCACCUGGUUUUGAAGAACAGAUGGAAAUUGGCGAGCUCGGUCUUGAUAUUUGGAAGAACAAGAUGAUUGCGCCCCUUAGAACAUCUCUUGUGACCCUUCUUCUGGAAGGUAUAUACGCGGAUAGAGUAGGCGAAGCGCAAUCAGCUAGCACGGAUGUCAUACGUGGCGUGAUACAGAGUUUUGUUAGAGUGGAGGAAUACAAAAUGAAGGGGCAACUAGAUAUGUACCAAGAAAUGUUUGAAGCACCAUUCUUAGAGGCAAGUGGAAAUUUUUAUUCGAGAGAGGCUUCCGAGUUACUCCAGCAGUCUGAUGUCACUAGAUAUAUGGAACGAGUCACUUGGAGAUUAAGUCAAGAAGAGUUACGAGCCCACAAAUUCCUACACAUAAGUUCCGUACCAAAGGUGAGGCAAUGUUGCGAAGAAAAAAUGGUUGCAGCUCAUGUAGCUUGGCUACAUUCAGAAGCUGAUUUAAUGAUAGAAAAUGAACGUAGAAGAGAUCUGUCUCUCCUAUAUCCUCUAUCGAGGCCACUGCCAUCCGGUCUGACACCACUUGUACUAAAACUCACUCAGCACAUCACGCAUCAGGGUUUACAAGCCAUAGGACCUCUUCAGGGUGAAAACAUACACACGCAGUUCGUCGAGAGUAUGCUAGACGUACAUUCAAAAUACUCAGAACUAAUAAAGGAAGUUUUUAAAGGCGAUCAAGCAUUUAUAGGCGCCCUGGAUAAAGCUUGUUCGGCAGUUGUCAAUCACAGGCCCGCACCUAGACAACCAGCGCGAGCACCAGAACUGCUAGCCAAAUACUGCGACUCCCUGCUUAAAAAGUCAGCCAAGGGUGCAUCAGAGAGUGAGAUAGAAGAGAAACUGGCCAGGUCGAUAACCGUAUUUAAAUACGUUGACGACAAGGACGUUUUUCAGAAGUUCUACGCGAGAAUGUUAGCGAAACGUUUGAUACACCAACAAUCUCAAUCUAUGGAUGCCGAGGAAGCCAUGAUAGACAGGCUAAAGCAAGCGUGCGGAUACGAGUUCACGAAUAAAUUACACAGGAUGUUCACCGACAUGUCGGUCUCAGCGGAUCUAAAUGCCAAGUUUACAACAAUUCUACGUGAACGAAAAGAAGAGAAUAAACUGGGUAUAGGAUUUGUUGUUUACGUCCUACAAGCUGGCGCAUGGCCAUUGGGUCUACCACCAUCCCCAGGACCAUUUCACGUACCUCAACAGCUGGAGAAGAGUGUUCAGGCAUUUGAGAGUUUUUACCACGCGCAAUUUAGCGGUCGCAAGCUCACCUGGCUUCACCACCUAUGUCAGGGUGAACUCAAGUUUAACUAUCUAAAAAAGCCGUAUCUGGUAACCGUGCAAACCUAUCAGAUGGCUCUAUUACUCCUCUUCGAGCACUGUGAUGCGAUAUCCUGCAGGGAUGCUGCAAUAUCUUUAAGACUAUCUCAUGAGCAGUUAGUUAAACACGCUGCUAGCUUGGUGGACUGUAAGAUACUGAAGAAGUCGGUUGAAGGUGAACUCGAGGAAGAGACUGUGCUCACGCUCAAUUUUGAAUAUUACAACAAGAGAACGAAGUUCAGGGUAACUGGCGCUCUACAACGUGACGCACCUCACGACGCCGAGGCUACUCAUCGUAGCGUUGAUGACGAUAGAAAACUCUACCUUCAAGCAGCAAUCGUGCGAAUAAUGAAAAGCCGAAAACUACUAAGACACAAUCAACUGGUCCAGGAAGUAUUAGGCCAAUCUAAGGUGACCUUUGCACCUUCAAUUGGUAUGAUUAAAAAGUGCAUCGAAGCCCUUAUAGACAAACAGUACAUCGAGCGUACUCCAAACAGUGCGGAUGAAUAUUCCUAUGUGGCGUAACCUAGUCACAACGUGGAAUGUUAAUUUAUUUCAUUCGAAGACGCACCCAGGUUAACGUAUCGUUUGGAUGACGUUGUCGUUUAAAAAUCAUGAGGAAACGAGAGGAAGAAUUAAUUCAGAGGGAUGAUGCUAAACGCUAAAUGUCUCGAUGAGAUAAACAAGCAGCAUAACCACGAGGAUGAUUGUCCUAGGUCGCUUAAUUGCUCCUUAAUCAACCGAAUGAAUAUCUUAAGUAAUUGAUUAAAUGAAAUGUAAUAUAUGCGCACCGAAUAAAGAUGAUGUUACUAUUUUAAA